AUGUCGGAACAACAGCAAUUUGAUUUGUUAAAACGAAAACGGAAGUCUUUACGCACCGCGGUAACGAAAGCUGUAAACGAUUUAGAAACUGAAUUGGCUAAUGAACAAUUAAAUUCUGAAAAGUUAGAGGAAUUUUCGGAAAUUCUUAAUUGUAAAUUCGAACAAUUGUCUAUAGUUGAUCAACAACUUGAGCCUCUUUUUAAUACAGAUAAUUUUGAGGAAGAAUUUGAAACGGCGCAAGAAUAUAGAGAUAAAGUUUUACUUUGUCUGUUCCACACUAAAAAGAAAAUUAAUCAUGUUGCUAAGUUGAACUUGGAUAAUUCGUCAUUAGUAGAAAACACGGCUUCGACUAUUCCAACAGAAAACUUUCUUCCCCAGAAUGCUCAUCUUGGAGGAUCUGCAUUAAAUACCGUAGAAGGAUUUCCUAUUUCAGCAGCUGCGUACGAUGAAGCAGUUCAAUUAUUGAAAGAACGAUUUGCAAGUACUGAAGUAUUGGUUCAAGCCCAUAUGAAUAAAAUAUUAUCUUUACCACCAUUAAAAGAUUCUAACGACAUUCGGUCCUUCCGACAAUUUGUUGAUAACUGUAAUGUUCAAUUGAGAAGUUUGGAGUCUUUAGGUAUUUCAACCUCACAAUAUGGAAGUAUCUUGUGUCCAAUAAUCAUGAAACUUAUUCCGGCUGAUUUACUUUUAGAAUACAAUAAAUCAGAAAAACAAAAUUCAGGUUCUAAAAUUGAGGAACUGUUAUCCUUCAUUACUCAUGCCUUAGCUGCCAGAGAAAAAACGCAGUCUAUUAACAAAACAAAUAAAUCGUGUAUUGAAUUGCGUAAUCGACGUAUGGAGUUUAAAUACCAGGAUCGCGAAAAUAAAAGAAUAAAUCAAAAAGGUAUCUCUACUGCUACUGCUAAUGAACUACAGCAACACAUAGAAAGAAAAAAUCUGGUUCAGACUGGGUCGACAGAUCUAGGUAAUCAGAGUGAAGGAGAAGUUUUUUUACAAACUUUGGUUGUUUACAUCAAAAAUGGAGCGGACAUAAUAGGAAAACUAUUUACGGGUGAGAUUAAACAAGUAUCUAAAGGUCUGACAGCAGUAAAUACAAAAUUGGGAUGGACUGUUAUGGGAAAAUCGAACUCUAAAUCCACUUUUGAAUCCAAAAAUUCAUUACUGGUGCAUUCUUUGCUUGCAAAUCAGACAAAAAUUUCGGACCUAUGGGAAUUAGAUUCUUUGGGAAUUAAGGACCCAAGUGAAAAGAAAACGAAACUUCAGUUGCAAGAUCUUACUUUAAAACAUUUUGAGAAUACGGUCUCGCAAAAUGAAGAUGGUAGAUAUUAUGUAUACAUUCCUUGGAUCGAUGGACAUGAUAAACUUAGUGAUAAUUUUCAACUAGCCGAAAGAAGGUUGAAAAAUACUGUAAGAUCUCUAAAAGGUAAUGGUAGACUAUUAGAUUAUGAGCAAGUGUUUUUUGAAUGGGAAAAUGAGGGGAUUAUUGAAAGGGUUAAUGAAAAUGAUCAUGACAAAAAUAAGAAAAUUCAUUACCUACCACACAGACCUGUGUUCAAAGAAAACUCUACAACCAAAAUCCGCCCUGUAUUUGAUGGGUCCGCUCGUCAUGGACACUUUUGUUCUCUGAACUCUUGCAUUGAACCAGGACCUAAUUUAAUUGAAAUAAUACCUGCAAUCUUGAAUAGGUUUCGUUUAAGAAAGAUAGGAGUAAUAUCGGAUAUUCGUAAAGCAUUCUUGCAAAUCGCUUUACACGAAAACGAUAGGAACUUUCUACGUUUUUUGUGGUGGGAAGGUGGCGAUCAUGAAAAGGUUAUUAUUUAUAGACAUUGUCGAGUAGUCUUUGGAGUAUCAUGCAGUCCCUUCCUGCUAGCUGCAGUAUUAAAUUUUCAUCUAAAACGGGCACCUGAGCAUUUGAAAGCUGCAGCUGAAAAGCUACUAGACUCUAUGUACGUUGACAAUUGCGUAACGAGUGUGGAAACAUUCGAAGAAUACUUGUCUUUUCAACGAGACUCUAGAGAAUUGUUGGCAUUAGGAAAUUUCGACUUACGUGUUUGGAGACAUAGUAACAUGCAUUCACCUAUUUUGGAGGAAAGCAUUGAUCAACAUGAUCUCUAUUCGCCCGAGGUACAAGUUCUUGGUCUUUUGUGGAAUGUGGAAAGAGAUACUUUGUCCAUCUCUUUCAAAGAGCCCGUUCUUGAAGAAGGACCCGUUUCGAAAAGAAAAAUACUUUCCAUUACUCAUCGAAUUUUUGAUCCAAUUGGAGUCACCUGCCCUGUCACUCUAAUUCCCAAACUGAUUCUGCAAGAGUGCUGGAAGAUGGAAGCGUCUUGGGAUUCUCCAUUGCCUGAAGACAUCGAGAAAAAAUUUGAAAUUUGGCAGCGUCAACUUAAAGACUUGAAAGAAUUAGAAAUUUCACGGAGGCUGUCACACCUCGAUCUUAAAGACGCCAGCUUGUCACUAGAGGUAUUUUGCGACGCUUCAAAAUUGGCUUACGCUACGUGCGCAUUUCUUCGAGUUGAGAAAGAUGGCAAGGUGACCUGCCAAUUAAUCCAAGCACGAUCAAAGGUUGCUCCUUUGAAAGGUAUUUCUAUCCCAAGAUUGGAACUUUUAUCUUGCAUGAUCGGAGCAAGGUUAGCUGAUGCGAUAAAGAGAGAUUUGCAUUUGGAAGAUAUUGAAAGCACUUUCUGGUCUGAUUCAAUGGAUGUUCUACAUUGGAUAAAAAGAGAAGGCCCAUGGGCUACCUUUGUUGCUAAUAGAGUGGAGGAGAUAAGAAAACUAUCUUCUGUGGAAAAUUGGAGACAUGUACCUGGUAUUUCUAACCCAGCUGAUCUCCCAUCGAGAGGAUGUACAGUGAGGACCCUCAUCAAAAGUCAUUGGUGGGAAGGACCUGAUUGGAUCAAAAGGUCGAAAGAAGAUUGGCCAAAAUCUGCUCAUUUUCCAAAUAUGGAAGUGGUUAAUUCAGAAAAGACUAUUGUAACCGCUUCUGUUUUACAACUUGAGGAAAAGUAUUAUCAUCGAUUUUCAUCGUAUGUUAAAAUUGUCCGAAUUACAGCUUGGCUUUUAAGGUUUCUUAAGAAUCUGAAGAAUGGGAGAAAUCGAAGAACAGUAGGUCCAUUGAAUUAUGAUGAAAUCAAGAAGGCUGAACGUAUUUUGCUGAAACAAGUGCAGUUAGAAGCCUUUUAUGAUGAGAACGACAAAAGGUUAAAAUCUUUACAAGUUAUCAAAGACUCUGAGGGAAUUCUAAGAGUGAAAACCAGAAUAUUUUUUAGGGAAGACCAUAGAGAUUUUCGUCUACCCAUAAUUCUUCCUUCCGAUCAUCCUGUUGUCAUGACUCUCAUAAUGUAUGAACACGAACAUCAUGGACAUUCUGGAGUUCAAAUGCUUAUGUACCAUCUUAGGGAAAAUUACUGGAUUUUGAAGUCAAGAAAAGCUAUUAAAAAAGCUAUAAAGUCCUGCAUCAUUUGCAAUAGAUUUGAUGCAAAACCGGUUUUUGUUCAGGAGGGCCUAUUGCCUCAAGACCGUGUGAGAGAUGCUGAAACUUUCGAAAUCGUAGGCUUAGAUCUAGCUGGACCUGUCAUCCUUAAAGAAGAAAGAAAGGCUUGGAUUUUGAUCCUAACUUGCGCGGUUUACCGUGCAGUCCACCUCGAACUUUUAACUUCAGUAUCAACUGAAAAUUUCCUACUAGGUUUGAGGAGAUUUAUUGCACGAAGAGGUCGACCAUCUGUCAUCUAUUCAGAUAAUGGUACAAAUUUGAAAAGUGCUCAUCGUCUACUGAAGGAGGUUGAUUUCGAAAAACUGAAGAAUAUUGAAGAACUAAGUCCUAUUUCUUGGACUUUUAUACCUCCAAAUGCCCCCUGGUGGGGAGGAUUUUGGGAGAGACUUAUCGGCCUUAUGAAGCGGAUUUUAAGAAGAACUUUAAGAAAGACAUCUUUAAAUCAUGAAGAAAUGAACACAGUUCUUUGUGACUGUGAAAGAGGAAUGAAUUCAAGACCACUUACUUAUGUUUCGGAAGAUGCCGAAGAUUUGGAACCCCUUACUCCAGCAAUGUUCCUGCACAAUAUUAGAGAAACCGGUGUGCCUGAUUUAGACCUCAUUGAAGAAACUAAGUUUAAUAAAAGAUUGGCCUACCGAAACAGAAUCCAAAAGGAUCUAAGGAAACGUUUUCGAUCGGAAUACUUGGGACAAUUGCGAGAAAUACAAAAGGUAAAAAGAGAAACUGCUUUAUGUAUUGGAGACAUCGUUUUGGUUGAAGAUAAUACCAAAAGAUUGAACUGGAAUUUGGGGAGGAUUUUGAAACUGUUUCAAGGAAAAGACAAUAGAGCUAGAGUAGCUCUAGUUAAAACCAAGUUUGGUUCUUUUCUGCGUCCUGUGCAGAAAUUAUAUCCACUUGAAGUGAGCGAAAAUGAUAAACCUGUUGAACACAAUACUAAUUCUCCUCUAAUUUCAGGUGCUAAUAGACGAGAGACUUUUCCCAUCUCUUUAGAUAGGAAGACUUCCCUGAUAGAGCCCCCUGAUGGUCUUCCACUUCCUUCUAAAGAAUCUGACUGUGGAACCGACAUGGAGCCGACGAUGGAUUCUUCGCCUCUCCUUCCGAAUGAAACUUCUCAUCCUGUCUUACCUGACGGAACUGAAAAAUUGGAACCAAGGCGAUCCCGUUAUGGACGAUUGCUGAGACCUGUCCAAAGACUAUGA